AUGGGGCUCUUCAGCUUUGCCAAUGUCCUCCUGGGACUCGCUGCGCUGUAUGUGCUCAAGAAGCUCCUGUCACCCAAACGAAUGCUGGCACCGCUCCCACCAGGCCCAAAGGGGAUGCCCCUCAUUGGGAACAUUGGGGAUCUGCCGCCGCCGGGGGAGAAGGAUUGGAAGCAUUGGGCAAAGUUCAAGAAGCUCUACGGCCCAAUCAGCUCCAUUACCAUUGUUGGCCAAACGAUCGUCAUUCUUAAUGACCCCCAAAUGGCAUUCGAUCUGAUGGAGAAGCGCUCGGCAAUCUACUCAUCGCGACCGCGUAUGGUCUUUGCCUGCGAAAUGGUGGGCUGGGAACACAUCUUGGCCAUGCAGACGUACUCGGACAGGUUCCGCGCCUAUCGCAAAGCGAUGCAUCGAGUGCUCGGCUCCAAGACGGCGAUCGCACGCUUCAACCCGCUGCAGGAGGUAGAGAUCCGGCGGUUUCUGCUGCGGGUGUUACAUCGCCCGGAGGAUCUGGUGCAGCAUAUUCGGACGGAAGCCGGUGCUGUGAUCUUGAAGAUUGCAUAUGGUUAUGCGAUUGAGCCCCAUGGUCGCGACCCGCUUGUUGAUCUGGCGAAUGACUCAAUGGAAAAGUUUUCCAUUGCCGGGACGCCUGGGACAUGGCUAGUUGAUAUUAUUCCAUUCUUGAAACAGCUGCCGACAUGGUUCCCGGGGAUGGAAUUCAAGAAGACGGCCAACGCGUGGCGACGGACCCUGCUCACGACGAUCGAGAAGCCUUACCUCCUGGUUCGAGAGCAGAUGCGCAGGGAUAACUACUCGCCCUCAUAUCUCGCCAGUUUACUAGAAGGAGUCUCCGACAAAUGGACUCCAGAAAAGGAACUCGUAGCCAAAUGGACGGCCGGAUCGCUUUAA